UUGCAACUGCAUUUAUAAUCAAAUGUAGGUGACCGUCAGCUGAUUGUUAAAACCGCAAAGGUAAACUACCUAUACAAUUGCAUAGUUCACACUUCACAUGACACAAUUAAUUUGCCAUAAUGAUCACGACAAAAAAGUCAUCUUAACCACAUUUUUUUUGAUGAAAACUCAUCCUAACCACAUUUAAGACAUGAUAACUUAUAAUUGACUUAUGUUACCCUAUUUUCCUUCUUUUGUUGUAAACUCGGUUUAAUUAAUGCAAUUUCAGCCGUUUCAAAAUAUAUAAAAAAAAACAAAAAAACUUACUAACAAAUUAUACAAGCUUUGCUGUGUGAACAUAGUACUUGAGAAAUGAAAUUGUAAAAAUAAACUAAUAAUUUGUACUUUUUAAAAUAGGUUUACACUAAACCCUUAAAAGGUCUGUCCGUCCCAUAAUUGAACGAUCGUAACUCAGCCCAUUUAUUUAUUAGACGAAUUUAACCCAUUAAUAACUGGCGGGUCAUGGGUCAUGGCUUUUAAUAAUCCAAGGCGUCCAACCCAUUGAAUUGCUCUAUUGAAGCGCAUUCAACGUUCUUCAUUGAAGCGCAGUUGCCGUUCUCCAUUGAAUCUAGUUCUUGUAUCACCCAUUGAAGCAGCUUUCUGAGAGCUCUUUUCCCUGGGCCCAGGGCUGCCGCCCCUCCUGCCCUUCCUCAGGGACGGGCCUGUUUGUUUUGAUAGAAUGGAUUCUGGAGAUAGCAAUGCACUAAUUUUGCCUGCUAAGACAAAAAACCGAAAGCCGAAAUCGAAAUCGAAGCCGAUUAUAAGCUGUCAAAAUAAAAAAUUGAGCAAUUCCCAGAAAAGGAAAUUGAGGAAAUUAGAGGAAGAGAAAGAACAGGAAUUACUGCUGUCGAAAAGCUUGGAAAACUUAGAGAAGUAUAAGAUAAGUGACAAUGCAUAUUUGCUUCUCCGAUCAUCGGAGAACAUUGGUCAGGCGGAGACAGCAAAGGAGAAGCGUAGGAGGGAAAUGCAGUUUUCUAAGGCUGGUUUAGAUUUACCAGUAAGUGAUAUGGGGACCAAGAGAAAGAAAGUUAAGUCAUGUGAUUAUGAACCUGAUGAUUCUCAAAGCUCUCCGUUGGAGGAUGCUGAUAAGAAUGCCACUUACAAACCAGUGCUUAUUGAAAGAGCAGAGACAAACGGUUCUACUUGCUCUGUUUCUUCUCAAGGGGCAGGUGAGCAACAAAUUGUUGGUGAUCGUGGAGGAACCGAGCCUAAAGAAUUGGUUCAGGUAACUAAUGAAGAUAGUUGCAAAGUCAUGAAUCUAGAUUCCAGGAAUUCAUCACUCUCUCAGUCUUCUGAUUGUGACAAGAAAUCUGUUGCUACAAAGAGUGAAUUCAAUGAUGAGCCUCAAGUUGCUUCUUAUGGAGCAAAAUGCGUAGGAGGCAAUCCCAUUGCAGGACCUCGAAUUGCCCCUACCGUGGUACAUGUGUCGCGGCCAAUUGAUGUGGAAAAUGCAAGAAUGGAUCUCCCGAUUAUUAUGAUGGAGCAGGAGAUAAUGGAAACUAUAAAUAGUCAUAGUAGUGUGAUUAUCAGUGGAGAAACUGGGUGUGGCAAAACCACACAACUUCCACAGUUCCUCUAUGAAGCUGGCUAUGGUUCAGGAGAAUGUUCCAUGAAAGGUGGUGUUAUUGGUGUAACCCAGCCUCGUCGUGUUGCUGUGCUUUCUACAGCUAGACGUGUAGCAUAUGAGCUUGGACUUACUUUUGGUAAAGAAGUUGGUUUUCAAGUCAAGCAUGAAAAAUGGUAUGGAGACAACUGCUCCAUCAAAUAUAUGACUGACGGGAUCCUACUUCGAGAGCUGCAGAUGGGUGAUUUCUUGUUGAAGCGUUACUCUGUCAUUAUCUUGGAUGAGGCUCAUGAAAGGAGCCUAAACACAGACAUUCUCAUUGGGAUGCUUUCUCGUGUCGUUAAGCAGCGCCAGGAAAUAUAUGAAAUGCAGCAGAAGGUGCUUGAUGGAGGGAAAAAUGUUGAGACUAAAGACAGAGUUUUCCCUUUGAAACUUAUAUUGAUGAGUGCUACCAUGAGGGUUGAGGAUUUCACUUCAGGAGGCCGGAUAUUCCCUAAAUCCACACCUGUUAUACAUGUAUCAGGGAGAGAGUUUACUGUAACAACACACUUCUCAAAGAAAACAGAGCUUACAGACUAUAUUGGUGAAGCUUAUAGGAAGGUCUUCAAAAUUCACAAGAGGGGGUUGGCUUCUGGUGGCAUACUGGUGUUUGUUACUGGCCAACGGGAAGUGGAGGAUUUGUGUCGUAUGCUUCGUCAAGCUUCAAAGCAAUUUGAAACCAGAAGGAAUGUAGUUAAUACAGAGACCAAGACAACUACAAUGGAUAGGAUGGGCCAAAUUGAUGGGUGUACUUUGAAAGAGAUUGAUGAAGCCUUUAAUUUUGAUGCAAGCUCUGUUGAACAACAAACAGACAGGUUUAGUUGUUAUGAUGAGAGACAUGAUGAAUCAGACAACAGUAACACAUAUUCUUCCUGCAGUUCGGGGUCUGAUAGUGAGUCAGGAUUUGAAAGUGAUGAAAAUCUUGAAGAUCAGAAGACUUCUGAAUUGGAUGAUAGCAUUGUGGAUUUCACAGAUGUAAACCUUGAUUCUUUAAAGGCUUCUUUUGAAGCUUUGGCAGAUCAGAGUGUUAAAACAUCAAGUAACAAGACAGAACUAAAUGUUACAACUCAAGAUGUUUGUUCAAACCAGGCUUUCAGCUCAAUUAAGAAAAAAGGAAAGAAAAAGGGCCCCGUUGGGCCAUUACAUGUUUUGCCUCUUUAUGCUAUGCUUCCAGCAGCUUCUCAGCUUCGUGUGUUUGAAAAGGUCAAAGAAGGGGAGCGUCUAGUAGUUGUUGCCACCAAUGUAGCUGAGACCUCUUUGACAAUUCCAGGAAUAAGAUAUGUGAUUGACACUGGAAGGGAAAAAGUAAAGGAAUAUAACCCCUUGAAUGAAAUGGAAUCAUAUAAAAUACAGUGGAUAAGUCAGGCGUCAGCCAAACAACGUGCUGGAAGAGCGGGAAGAACAGGACCUGGUCGCUGUUAUCGCCUCUAUUCUUCUGCAGCCAUGUGUAAUGAAUUCCCAGAAUUCUCAUGUCCUGAAAUUUUGAAAGUUCCUGUUGAUGAUAUUGUCCUCCGUCUGAAAUCCAUGAAAAUUACUAAGGUUGUCAAUUUUCCGUUCCCAACCUCUCCUGAUGCCACUGCAUUAGUGAAAGCGGAGAAAUGCUUAAAGGCUCUUGAAGCACUUGAUAGUGAUGGGCGCUUGACACCUUUGGGCAAGACAAUGGCUCAUUUUCCCUUGAGCCCACGGCACGCGAGGUUGCUCCUCCUUGCAAUACAGAUCACAAAAAAGGAGAAAAGUGAUGUACGGCCAAAUCUAGUUCUAAGUUAUGCAGUGGCUGUAGCUGCUGCCAUGAGCUCGCCAAAUCCCUUUCCUUUUCAGUUUGAUGGAAAUAAAAAAAAUUCUGAGGGCACGGAGAUGGAAGAUGGUUCUGGUUCUGCCAGCAGCCAGAAAAAUGGAGACAAGGAUACCAAGCUAUCGCGGAAACAAAUGAAAAAAACCAUUAAGCUUUCUCGUGCAAAAUUCUCCAACCUUAAGAGUGAUGCUUUAACUGUAGCUUAUGCAUUACAGUGUUUUGAGCAAUCUAAGGAUCCAUCUCAAUUUUGCACCGAAAAUACACUACACCUAAAAACUAUGGUAGAAAUGUCCAAGCUGAGAAAGCAACUAUUACAGUUAGUCUUCAAACAGAGAUAUUGUGAUGUGGAGCAAGACUUUUCAUGGCCUCAUGGAACCAUUAAAGAUGUGGAAGAUGAUUGGAGUGUCUCUUCUGAUAAGAUUCCCCUCUCGGAAAAUGAGGAGAACAUCUUAUGCCAAGCUAUAUGUGCUGGAUGGGCAGAUAGGGUUGCCAAGCGUAUUAGAGGAGCCAGUGUACUAUCAUCUGGAGAUAGAAGAAUCAAUGCUAAUCGGUAUCAGGCACCCUUGGUUAAAGAAACAGUGUUUCUUUAUCGCUCCUCUUCUGUCUCUAAAGCAGCUCCAGAAUUUUUGGUGUAUACAGAUAUUGUUUGUACGAAAAGACCAUUCAUUCAAGAAGCAACAAGUGUGAAGUCAGAGUGGCUAGUGAAACAUGCCGGUUCCUUGUGCACAUAUUCAGCACCUUUGGCAGAUCCAAAACCUUUUUAUGAUCCUCUUCAUGAUCAAGUAUUUUGUUAUGUUACCCCAUAUUUUGGUCCUCACUUAUGGGAACUCCCACGAAACAAGGUGCCAAUCAAAGAUACUCAACAGCGUAUAACUGUCUUUGCUUAUGCUUUGCUUGAUGGUCAAGUCUUACCAUGCCUAAAACCCUACAAGUGUUACAUGGCAAUCCAACCAAUCAACAUCUUGAAGCCAGAAGCAUUGGGUCAAAAACGGGUGGGCAAUCUUAUAAGCAAGUUGACUGGGUCGAGAGCAAUUGAUAGCUGUGCCAAGCUAAAAGCAGCAUGGAUUGAAGAUCCUCAGCUGUUGUAUUCAGAAAUACUGGACUGGUUUCAGAAGGAAUUCCGUAGUCAGUUUAAAAUUUUAUGGGAAAAGAUGCUCCAAGAUGCUCUUUCUGUAACUCAAGAUCACUUUCCUGGCCGAGCUAAAAAAAGAAAAUGCAGAGUGAAAGAUUGAUUUUCAGAUUUAUAGAUUAUGCCUUUUCUUUUCUUCACAUGGAUACGCAGCAUCAUUUAUCCAUUUCACUUAAUCAUGGUAUAUGACUUCGUGGGAAUCUAGUUGUCUGAUUUUUCUAACACAAGAACACAACGUAGCUGUGGCUCGGUGAUCGUUUCAAACUGGAAUCAACUACUUGAUAAGUUGUAGAAUAAAUUCUGCAUACGGCUAGCUUGCAGCUUAUUAUAGGAUGUGUUCUGCCAUUUUUGGUUCUCUUGUAUGCUAAUUUUUAGAGCUUUGCGAAAUGUAAUUUAUUGUCAGACAUGAAUACUUGAUUUGGAUAAUAAACACAAUAUAGCAUUAGUUUGAGCUUUUAUUGAUGAUUUGGCAUUUGAUUUUA